AUGGAAAAUUUAAAAAAGAUGUCGCAAAAAAAUUCCGGUGAAGCGGUGACGUCAAAUUCUCUGGAUGGAGAAUGCGAAAGUAUUUGGUUCGUAAGCGGACCGCCAUUCGAUCAAAGAGAUUACAUGAUAUCUCCGAGUGAGAGUAACACGACCGUAGAAGAUAAUAAUGAUUUAGGAACGAUAAAGGGAAAAAAAUACGGGCCCUGCGAUAUUGUCAUAGAUGGGAAAUAUCUUCUCAAUUCGCAGCAAGCAUUAAAAAAAUUAAUAGAAUUAAUAAGAAAUAAAUGUACGCAACCGUUUACGAAUAGAAUUAAAGAAUUAAUUUCCAAGUAUCUUCAAGGAUGUCCUUCCGGUUACUUUGUCGAAGAUUUACCAUAUCUGAUUGAAUUAAUUGAAUAUUUUUCACGAAACGUGAAUUUAGAUUCGAAUUUUACAGAAUUCGUUAAAAUUUUAUUAUGUCGCGUUGAUAAACCGCCAUUGAUGGGAAAAAGUUCGGAUAUAUUGCGAUGUAAAAACAGUUUGAUUGAUUAUUUUACGCUGUUGGGUGAGCUUUUAGCCACUUUCGAUGAGGAACAUUUUCAAAUUCAAAUAUUAGACGCUAUCGAAUGUCUCAUAACAAGAAGAAAGUUGACGGAUGUGGCAGCCGUUAGAUUGGAUGCGUGUCGCGAAGCCAUGGAAAAUAGUCAGUUGCCUUCGAUAAUAGCAACCCUUAUUGAAACGAUACCUGAAAGUUUAUAUUUUAAAUAUUUGGAAAUCGCUCUCCAAAUGGCAUUCGGAUCUACCAAAGCUGGGCAUGCAUUGUUGAAAAACAACAUAUUGGAAUACAUUUUGCAAAGGUUAAAUUCUUCGGAAUUUCCCGAACCUUCGGUGGAGCAAUCAAACAAUUCGGAAGAAGAAAAGUUUGUGAAACAUUAUUACGUUUUAUUAAACAAAUCGAGUUAUUUGAUGUGGAUUUUUUUGUCCAUUUUAAAUAGCGACGAAUCCGAAGUGUUGUGCCCAUCGGAAUUUGCAAUGUUAAAUUUGAGAAUCGUUUUCGAACAAGAAUUUAAAAAGAGAACUCCGAAAUCUAAAAUCAUUUGUAACAACUUGGCCGGUUUGAUUGCUAAGUUAUGCGCCGUUUUCCGCGAAAAAUUGCCCAUCAUGAAAUCCGGUUUGGUGGAAGAUAUAGCUCUAAUAUCAGUAGCAACAGAAAUAUCGACGGAAGGUACAUGGUUGGAAGGUCUUACAAUGGGAACAAAAAAAGAAGAUUUUGUAUUAAAAAAACUUAUGUUAUUGAAUUGCUGUCUCAUACAAAAAGAUGAAAAUACGAUUCAAGUACUAAAAUAUUCAAAAGUGAUACAAGGUCUAUUAUGUUUAGUUAAUCCGAGAGUGACGGCACCGUGGAAUCCUAGUCAAUACAUGGAUUUAUUUUACAUUGCCCUGAGAACUCUUUCCGAAUUGGUACCCUUGCUUCCGGAAGUAUUCGUGCUCUCGAACGGAAAUGCAAUAAUUUUGUCGACCGUGCAAUGGCUUUUGGAUGAUCAUUUCGAUAGGAAUUCACUAUUGCAAAUUUUGAAAACUUUAUCGUUUAUUCUCACGAGAGGAAAUUUUAAAAUACUGAUAGAAGAUAUAAUGGCACAAGACGGAAUAACCGAAAAACUUACAAUGCUAUUCGUCGUACUGGAAAGAUUAUUAACGAAUAAUACGAAAGCUUUAGAUAAAUAUGGGGAGUCGUGCGUUAACGUAGCCAUCAUGUUUUUGGAAAGGAUAAAAAAAAAUUUAAAUUCGGACAGUAAAUUAAAUCCGAAAUUGUUGGUGAGUUUCGGUGGUUUCCUAUGGGAAUCCAUUGCGUGGUGCAAAACGUCGUUGAAAACCUUCGUCGAAAGAAAUGGAAUUUAUUUACUCUUGGACAUAAUCGAGUCCAGCUCAUUUCCCGUUCAAAUGUUACUAUUGGGUAGUUUGGUCGAAAUGAGUCACGGUGGUGAAACCAUAACUCAUUUGGUGACGUGGCGCGGUAAAAACGGUUUGGGAAUAUUAGAUUUACUAAUUGAAAUAUGGCGAAAGGAAGAAUUUCUAACUAAAGUUCACAGGACGAGUGAUGGAAUUAUUCAAGACAUCGACAUGCCUCUCAUGACGGAAGAACAAUGGUACGUAACUCAUCAGGUAUUGGACAGUCAUCUUUGUUCGCCUUCCAUAGCGGAAAUGAUGUGCAGUGCAAGACCUAAAAUUCACGCCUUGUAUCAACAUUUGCAAAAACGUUAUCGAGACAUAACGAAUCUGAGCGAAUCUUUUUAUUCGUUGUAUUUAAAAGAAGUUCGGUCUUCGUAUAAGGCUUAUAUUCCUUUAAUCGAAUAUUACAUGUUAUUAAAAAUGGGAGAGGUUUGGUUUGAAGUAUUGCGGGAUGCGGAUUUCAGCGGAGUUUUCCCAUCGGCUUUCGAUGGUAAAAUGUUAUGCACUUUAUUGGAAGAAAAAAUCAAUUGGGCAGCAAGAAUCAAAACGAUGCAAGAAGGAAUCGUGUUACUGCAGAAACAAAAUGGUAGCGACGACGAAUACGAAUUUUAUAAUUUGAUAAAAGAAUGUCAGUUGCCGGACGGUUUGGAAGCCAUCAACGAACUCGACUUCAUAGCGAGAACAUCAUCUCGUAAAUUCCAAGAAUACAAAAAGAAAAAACAAAUAAAAGAUUUAAAUUAUUCUCUUGCCGGAUUGUCAUAUCCAUCCGAUAGUAAACUUCAUCAAACGUUUCUCUACGGAACGGCAGCCACCUGUACCAGUUUUGGUUAUUAUCAUUUAAAAAGUGAAAAAGAAGUUUUACAAUACCAAAGUACUUAUGCCGUUUCUGCAACAUCAUCCGAAGUUAAUUAUUUUGAAACGGAAGAUGAUUUUUAA